AUGCUUGUCUAUACUGGGUGUACCACCUGCAAAGAGCAGGCACCAGUUUUGUUGAUGGCUCACAAGUUUACCGCUUUCUGGAGAAGGGCUGGGGAAAGUGUUGGUCUUGUCGGGAAGUUGCAGUCACUUUUCAAGGUCCGGUCCAAACCUCACGGCGCGUGUGAUGUGGUAAAACUAACUCCAAGCCAGCAUCGGGGUGACAGACAACUCUGCGAGUUUCUCGACGACGCUAGGCGUUUCAUUCUUGCUAACGCUUACGCUAUUGACUCUACACCACUCCAGCUAUAUUCCUCUCUCCUCAUCUUUUCGCCGACAAGAUGCAGGGUACGCAACAUAUUUGAAAGCAAUCUUGCGCGAUGCUUAGAUCUGCAACCAAAAGUAAAUGACGAUUGGGGCCAAUGCCUGCAAGUAAUUGAGGGCCAUGACGACAAGGUUAGCUCGGUAGCCUUUUCCCAUGACUCGGCUCUUGUGGCUUCGGGCUCCCACGACAAGUUAAUACGCCUCUGGCGUGUGGCCACGGGUCAGUGUAUACAGGUGCUUAAGGGCCAUAGCGACUUGGUCGCGUCGGUCAUCUUCUCGCAUGAGUCCGCGCUCGUUGGGUCAGGGUCUUGGGAUAAGACAGUACGACUCUGGCGUGCUGCCACGGGCGAGUGCGUGCAGAUAAUUGACGGCCAUGACGGCUGGGUUACGUCAGUGGCCUUCUCGCACGACUCAGGGCUCGUAGCAUCGGGCUCCUAUGAUACGACUAUCCGCCUCUGGCGCACUGCCUCGGGCAAGUGCGUGCAGAUCCUCAAGGGCCAUGACAACUCGGUUGAAUCGGUGGCUUUCUCGCACGACUCAGCGCUCGUGGUAUCGGGAUCGCGGGACAAGACGAUCCGCAUCUGGCGUGCUGCCACCGGAGAGUGUACGCGGAUCCUCAAGGGCCACGUCGACUGCGUCUGGUCGGUGGCAUUCUCGCACAAUUCGGCCCUCGUGGUGUCAUCGAGUUCUAAUGACAAAAUGAUACGUCUCUGGUGUGCGGCUACCGGUGAUUGCGUGCGGACGCUUAAGGGCCCUGACGGCUACUCAUUCGAAUCCGUCGCCUUUUCGCACGACUCAGCUCUCGUAGCAUCAGGUUCCAACGAUAAGACGAUAUCACUCUGGAGUGUUGCCACAGGCGAGUGUGUGCAGUCGCUUAAGGGCCAUGGGGACUGGGUCGCGUCCGUUACGUUCUCGGACGACUCGGCGCUCGUGGCCUCGGGCUCCUCUGACAAGACUGUUCGGCUAUGGCGCGUGGUCAUACGUGAGUUCGUGGAGACGGUCGAGGGUCAUGACAACCAAGUUACGUCUAUCGUAUUCUCGCACGACUCUACGCUCAUUGCGUCAGGGUCUUGGGAUAAGACAAUAAGACUCUGGCGUGCGGCCACGGGCGAGUGCGUGCAAACGCUUAGGGGGCACGCUGGCCCGGUGACGUCUGUGGCCUUCUCGCACGACUUGGCGCUCGUGGUGUCGGGCUCCGGGGAUAAGGCAAUAUAUCUCUGGAGCGUGGCGACAGGCGAGUGCGUGCAGACGCUCAAGGGCCAUAGCGACUCAGUCUGGUCCGUAGAGUUCUCGCACAACAAGACACUAGUAGCGUCAGGUUCGCGCGACAAGACCAUACGCCUCUGGCGUGUCGGCCCGGACCACUGCGGCGAAUGUGUGCAGACGCUCAAGGGCCAUGCCCACUGGGUCACGACCGUCGCAUUCUCGCACGAGUCGGCGAUGCUAGCUUCGGGCUCGGGCGAUACGACGAUCCGGCUCUGGCGAACCGAUACAGGCCAGUGCUUGCAGACGCUUAUGGGCCAUGGUGGAUGGGUCAACUCAGUGGCGUUCUCGCAUGACUCAGCGUUGAUGGCGUCGAGCUCCAACGACAAGACAUUAAGAGUCUGGCACGUUGCCACGGGCGCUUGCGUGCAAACGCUCAACAUUGAAUUUGUUCCAGCCCGCGUCUCAUUUGAAUCCGGCACUUCAUGCUUGCUGACAGAUUAUGGCAUUGUCGAUAUUCAAACGAUGAUCCCUAAAAGCUGCAAGGCUGAGCGUUUUAUUGAUCCUCACCCUCUCUGUCGAUCAAUUUGUGGCAUAAGCAAAGACAGUUGCUGGAUCACAUGGAAUGGACAAGACUUAUUUUGGCUGCCGAAAGAAUAUCGGCCGUCUGCCUCAGCCAUCUCAGGGUCGACAGUCGUAAUUGGAUGCAGCUCCGGGAGGGUAAUAGUAUUAGCAUUUUCCCAGGAUGACAUCACGCCUAUGGAACUUUAA